UCACCCUCACGCCAAUUUCAUUUUCAUGCAUCGCUAUUUCCUUAUCCUCUUCUCUCUUUUUUUUAUCUCCCUUAAUUAAUUUAUCUUUCUGUCUCCAUUCAUGUGGUUAGGCUCCAUUACAGAAUCUCAAUCGUUUUCGGAUCACAAUCACAAACCCUAGAUUUCUCUCUGGGUUUCCCCUAAAGCUGUGAUUUUUGUUUGUAAUUGGGUUUCGUGAGAUUCAAUUGUUGAAUGGACCUUCUGCGGUUGAGAGAGAAGGGUUUAUUUUUGUCUCAGAGAAGAAGGAAAUGGCUGAUUUUGAUGGCGGUUACGGGUGUUUCUGGCUAUGGAGUUUACAAGGUUUACCAUUUGCCAUCCGUCGCGAGGAAAAGGAAACGUCUUUUGAAGAUUCUUGGUGCCAUUGUCUCUGUAGCUGAGUUGAUCUCUGAUUCAGCUGAGACCUGUAGUAUCGUGACACGAGACUUGAAGGGUUUCCUCAGUUCCGAUUCAGACGAAAUCCCCAACAGCUUGAAGCAGAUCGCCAAGAUCACCAAGUCGAAUGAGUUCACGGAUUCGCUUUCUAGGGUUUCUCGGGCUGUCACGAUCGGUGUCUUUCGUGGGUAUAACUCCGAGUCGUCUAGCAACAACGUUGGUGAUUCAGGAAUUGGGAAAUCGGAGUCUAGUGUUGUUGAUAAAGUGAUUGAUAAGGUUUUCUCAAAGGCUGGAUCUGGUUUUGUUUCAGUUAUUGUUGGUAGCUUUGCUAAGAAUCUUAUUCUUGGGUUUUACUCUGAUGAGCUCGAGAGUGGUGUCAAAUGUGAGGGUUCUGAUUCGUCAGAGACACCUAAAUGGGUGAAUUUGCUUUGUGACGAUAAGUGUAGAGAGCUUCUAGCUGAUUGUAUUCAGAGAUUCACCAGCACUGCAGUUGCUGUCUAUCUUGACAAGACGAUGGAUAUCAAUACUUAUGAUCAAAUCUUUGAGGGGUUAACGAAUCCAAAACAUCAGGAUAGUGUCAAGGACGUUCUUGUUUCGGUUUGUAACGGUGCUCUCGAGACUAUCGUCAGGACAUCUCAUGAAGUCUUCACAUCUCCAAGGUCAAGUAAUGUGAUAGAAGAGAUCAAAGAUGAGGAUUUCAAGAGUAAUGGUUCCUCGGGAAGCAAGAUGGUUUCGGGAUCAGGGGAUGGGAUCAAGAGUAAUGGGUGGGCUGAGGCUAUCUCAACGACAUUGGCAGUUCCGAGCAAUCGAAGGUUUAUGUUCGAUGUAACAGGAAGAGUAACACUAGAAACGACAAGAUCAAUCAUCGCAUUUAUAAUGUUGAAGACAUGUCAAGGUUUCAGAAAAAGUAUCAGUGUGGUUCAUGAAGAGGUUACAGACAAAGGACGCCAAGCAGUUGAAUAUGUUGGAGCCAAAUCUUCAGUUAUAAUCACUGUGUGCCUGGCGUUGUACUUGCACGUCAUAGGCAGCUGUGUUAGGAAUUCUCCCAUAGGCGUAAGCCAGCAUUUUUAGUCCUUUAGAUGAAGAAGGGAUCGAUUUGUUGGAUAUAGAUGUUAUUUUGCUAGGUAAACAAGAUUUAUCAGCUCUUUGUUUAUAGUUGGAGCUGAGAAUAUUGUAAAAGAUUGUGUGCGUGUAUGUGCACAACUUCUAUUCUUAUUGAUGGAUUAUAUAUAUGUAUAUAUACACAUUGAAAAAGA